AUGCCUGUUGUGGACACUGGCAGCCUACACUUUUGCAAUGUGCAGUAUUGCAACUGCCCUGGGUCUGAGGAUUCACAUCUUCAGCUUACCAUGGCUGGCCUAUUCCCAGCUAUGACUAAGGCACCAAGGAUGGCUUUCACUUUCCAGGUGCUGGAUGACUUCAUCAGGGACAAUGUUGAAUGUGGAACCUCCACCAUGAACUAUUAUAGCAAACUUCAGAGAGUCACCUCAAGUGCAUUUCCUCACCUAGUGCUGAAUAGGUAUAGGGAAUUUCUCAGGGUGUUGAGAAUGUGGAGGCUCCUAAAGCUGUUGAAAUGGCAGGGAUUCCAUCAACAGUCACCUGAUCCCCAGGCUGGUGGACUUGUCCUCUUCUGCCCUGCCUGUCCCCAGCCAGGGAUCAAUGUACUGGAUCAGGAUAUUUAUCUCUCUGAGACCUUUGUGAUGGACAGCAACUUCAAGGCCAAGCAUAUGCUGCCCAAGAAUGCUGCUGAAGAGGUCUGGCUCAUGGAUGGAAAUGGCUUCAUGGUCACAUCAGCUCCAUACAAGGAAUAUUUGACCAGGACUAGCAAGAACUUGGCCCACCAGCUUGAGGAAAAUAGAUAUCUCUCUCUGCCUUCUGGAUUACAGAUUCAGCCCAGCAUUGGACUAUGGCAUGUCCAUGGCCAUCAGACAAAGUGCUUCACCAGAUAUGCUCCAAACUUUAUUCUGGGUGCCAGCUGGGUGGAUAGUGAAAUCAUGGAGACCCUCUGGUCUUCUCUCAACAUAAUCUCACCAUCAGCCUGGGGAAUGGCAACAGCACACUUUCAGGAGUUGCUGGACUUCCAAAUGAUAUGGAUGCAUAUUGUUGGCAUUGAAACGGAAGUUCAAGGUUGCCAAGCAGUUAUUAGCAACAAUCCAAGAUAA